AUGGGUCAGGCAUUGGAGAAGUUUCAUAUAACGGAAAGGCUUGCGACCAGAUUGCUUUCGAGAGUGUCGACUGGUGGUGAUCGUCUUGCUAUUCCGAAAUCCACCACUUCUUACUUAGGCAACGUCGGCGGCAUGAUCACGCCGAUCGCUUCCCCUCAGAACGUUAUUGCUCUUGUGGCUCUGCGUUCGAAUGGCGGCUCUGAUCUGUCGUUUAUGCAAUGGAUCAUUUUCGCUCUCCCUGUUUGUGCAAUCGCAGCCGCGUCAGUUUUCGUGGUGUUGAAAUUUAUGUAUAGUUGGAGGCGGAGCGAUGCGAAAAUGGUGGAGAUGACUGAGAGGCGACGAAAUUCUAGUGAGGGUGUGUAUGGAGAGUCUGGAAGUUGUUCAGAUGCGGAGUUGCGUCACGCGCCAUUAAAAUCCACGGAUUGGAUUAUCCUUGGUAUAGUAGCAAUAACCGUGUUUUUGUGGAUGAUAUUCGAUAUAGUUGGACUUGACGGUGUAUUUGGAAGUAUGGGAAUGGUCGGGCUGAUGGCUGUCGUAGCUCUACAUAGUCUGGGCAUUCUAACGACGGAAGAUUGGCAUGGCAUGCAGUGGUCCGUCCUGACGCUACUUGGUGGAGGUGUAGCUCUCGGCAACGCAGUGGAGAGUUCGGGCCUUUUGCGUAUUAUAGCUGAUGAAAUAUCAAAGUCUUUGGAAGGAUCAAGUGUCUGGGCGAGCGCGGUUUGCUUCUUCCUCUGCACGGGGUUGGUCGCCAACUUCCUCUCCUCGACAGUGUGUGCCAUUGUGGCCUUGCCCGUUGUUGCUAAGGUUGGCGCUGUUGUUGGACAUCCACGCUUGUUUACGGUUGGGUGUGCGUUUAUGACAUCAGCAGCGAUGGGUCUGCCUGUGAGCUCGUUCCCUAAUGCAAACGCCGCAGGAGUGGUCAAUCUGUCGCUGCCUGGAGCGCCAACUACCCCAAUACUACAGUCAAGAGACUUUGUAAAGUCAGGUUUUGCUGUGGCGUUGUUGAUUUCAGUCAUCAUAAGCACUGUGGGGUAUGCAUGGGCUAUGUUCCUCGGCUGGUGAAAAGGUGUAUAUUCGAUUUAAUAUUCCCCGUGUUGAUGGCAAUACACACUUGCAUACCUCGAUUUUCCUUC